CAGAACAAACUCCUUACAGGAGAAGACUCACUCAUGGCCUAUGAGACAGAGGAUCAUGAGAUUCAACACUGCUUUCCUUCCAUCAAUUCAUCAUGUAUGAAGGGAAAACGCUCCAGUCAUAAAUACAAUGUCAUUUACAUGUUAGUAUCAGUGCUUUCAGCAUGGACUGUGUUUCUGAACCUGCUGGUGAUCAUCUCCAUCUCUCACUUCAAGAAGCUUCACACUUCAACCAACCUGAUAAUUCUCUCUCUAGCAGUGGCUGACAUGCUUUUUGGACUUGUGAUGCCCAUAGAGGCCAUGAGGCUGAUUGAGAUGUGUUGGUACUUUGGAGACACUUUCUGUGGACUCUAUUCAAUAUUUAUUUGGAUGCUUCUCUCACCAUCUCUUAGUAAUUUAGUAUUAAUUGCUGUUGAUCGUUAUGUGGCUGUUUGUAACCCUUUACUGUACCCACAGAAAAUAACCAUGACUAAAACAUUAAUAAGCAUCUGUCUGAGCUGGGUUUGCUCUUCAACUUAUUGCACUGCCUUUGUAAUUUCACUCAGAACAUACAUGUGUAAUGGAGAGUGUUCUUUUAUGAUGGGUUUUGCUUGGAGAGUCACUGAUCUGUUUAUUUCUUUUAUUUUUCCUUGUAUCCUGAUCAUAUCUUUAUAUUUGAGGAAUUUCCAUGUUGUACAUCAGCAAGUGAAAGUUAUAAACACUCUGAUGAAGGGUGGCAAAUGUGUAAAUGAGGUUUCAGUGAGAAGGAAAUCUGAGAGCAAAGCUGCUCUGACAUUAGGAAUCAUUGUCACAGUUUAUCUGCUUUGUUGGAUUCCGUACUAUAUCUGUUCCAUUUCAGCAGUUUCCUCCACAACCAUAAAUGUUUUGACAUGGGUCAUGUAUAUUAAUUCAGGUCUGAAUCCUAUGGUAUAUGCUUUAUUUUACCCCUGGUUUAAAAAGACAGUUAAACUCAUCUUAUCUCUGAAAAUAUUUCAGCCAGCAUCCUCUCUGGUCAAUAUUUUUACAGAAUAUUAA